UUUCCUUUCCAGAAUAUAAUUGAGCUCUUAAUUGCCAAAAAGGAAGAUGCAUUCUCUCAUUGGUUGGUGUGCAUUGCCUUGUCAACCAAUAGGAAAAUGCCAUUUACCUUUUUCUGACUAGCUGAGUGAGCAGGAUACCCAGAACGUCUGAAUACGCCUUCAUUCCAUUCAGUGGGAAAGGAUAGAAUUCUGAGUCCUGGGGCCCAAGACCUGGGGUCUAGAUUGCAUUAAUCUAUAAGGAUGAACUUUUCUACCUAGUUAUUCAUAGCUUACUUGAGCAUACCCACGUAAUACAUUGUUCUACGAUUUUUUUUUUUCAUUUUAGGAUAUAUCAGGCAGAUUAUUGUUAUAGGCACACUGAGGGUCUAGGCAUUUCUAUGAUUUCUCCUAGAAAUAUAGAAUUGAUCUUCACCGCUAGGGAUUUGGUGAAAACUUUGGAGGACACAGAUGGAAAGCUAGAAGAUUGAAGAGCUACAUUACCUUUGGUGAAUAGAUAACUCCACUUUUGGAUUCACUCUGCUCAGCUUUAGCAUCUCCUGGUAUUUUGUUUGUUUUUCCACUUUCAUUCUACACAGCUGCUCGUUUGCCUGAAUUUUAGUAGAAAACUGUCUAAAUGGAUAUGGUGAACUUCUAAUUCAGUGUAAGAGCAGACCCCUGGCUUCCCAGGAGGGCUUUUUUGCAGGUAGGCAAUGAUGCUGCUGGGACUGGAGAUUAUCCCAGUUCUUCAUGGCAUUAGAAUUUGGAAGAUCUGUGGUGUUGGUGGUAGUUGUUUCAUUUCUCCCUCCACCAAAUGGUCCUAUCCAGGGAUGCUGGCAUCAGUCCCCAUGUCUCUAUGAUGAAGAAGGUCAAAGUUGUUUUUCCUUCCAGGACAGAAACUCUCUGACAACAGCCCAGAAGAAGCCUUAAUGGCUGCUGCCCAGCUGAGAGAUUAUCUACCUGGCUUCCCUUGCCCUAAGCAGUGGACUGAGUGGGAUGGUACCUGGGGAAGCCCCCGAGUCUGCCCAGUGCCUAUGCUCUACUCUUGCCAGCCUGAAUGCUAAGGAUGUCAUUCCAAGACGGCACAAGACGGGAAGCCGACAGCACCAGCGGUUCAUGGCCCGGAAGGCCUUGCUGCAGGAGCAGGGGCUGCUGAGCAUGCCUCCAGAGCCAGGGGCCUCCCCACUGCCCACCUCGUCAGGGGUCACUGCCAGCAGCAGGAAGCAGCAUCCAAGGCCUGAGUCUGGCAGCCCCCAGUGCGGCAGGAGUCCUGUCUCCAGGGAAGCCUCAGGGCCCUUGCCCAGCAAGUACGUGGCUAUCGACUGUGAGAUGGUGGGCACAGGCCCCCGAGGCCGAGUGAGCGAGCUGGCCCGCUGCUCCGUGGUGAGUUACCACGGUGAUGUCCUCUAUGACAAGUACAUCCGGCCUGAGAUGCCCAUCGUUGACUACCGCACUCGCUGGAGCGGCAUCACUCGGCAGCACAUGCGCAAGGCCAUCCCCUUCCAGGUGGCCCAGAAAGAGAUCCUUAAGCUCCUGAAGGGCAAGGUGGUGGUAGGGCACGCGCUGCACAAUGACUUCCAGGCCCUCAAGUAUGUCCACCCUCGGAGCCAGACCCGGGAUACCACCUACGUUCCAAACCUCCUCAGCCCACCAGGCCCCCACACCCGGGCCCGGGUCUCUCUGAAGGACCUGGCCCUGCAGCUACUACACAAGAAGAUCCAGGUGGGCCAGCACGGGCACUCAUCUGUGGAAGAUGCCACCACAGCCAUGGAGCUCUACCGGCUGGUGGAAGUGCAGUGGGAACAGCAGGAGGCCAGCCGUCCUUGGGGCCACGCAGAGGACAGAGAGCUUGACAGCAGCACAGACAUGGAGCAGUACAUGGAGGACCAGUACUGGCCUGAGGACCUGGCCCUAGGCAGUGGUGGAGGAGGGAGGCAGACAUAGGACCAGGAUGAAAGGGAGUGAAAGGACAGGGAGCUCUCUGGCUGCCCUUCCCAGUGUGUGUGUGGGGUGGAUACUGGCAGGAGAGUCCUGGGUGCUUCUUCCUGGGCAGGGUAGGAUACAGACAGCUGGCCCCAGGGCCAGAGGCGUUAGGAUCAUCUGUUGGUUGUGUCUCCUGACACCUGUGGUUUUGCUAAUAGCACUUUAUAAGUUCCAUGGAGAAGUCAGGUAGACUAUUUCUUAGGACCCACCAGACUGUCCCAGGUUGUCACUGGCUUUCCCCACCCCAAAUGACCUGAGUCAUAGGCUGUGCUAUCUAAAAGGAUAAUGCCCCCCGCCUUUGGUAUUGGGUGGGGUGUCAGUAUCCUGGGGUUCCCUUAACUCAGUGACUUGGUAAAGUUCUGUUCAUGUUGUGCUACCUACCUCUUCCUCCAGAGUCAUUUUCAGGUUCCUACCAUUGUGGGAACUUGAUGUUCUAUGUGGCCUUUCACCUCUGCUAGGCUAUGAUGGAAUAACAGAGGCCAUGGGCCCCGGUAGGGAGCUGGCCCCUUCAUGUACUUAGUAUCAGAAGUCAGGAAGGAUGGAAAGCAGAUAAGCUUUGGGUAAGAAAGCUUGUAUUUGUUUGGGCCCAAAUCAGGAGAUGUCCCCUGUCCACCCAGCACUACGCUCUGUUAACCAAAAGCCUGGGAAACAAGACAAUGGUUGGAAUUUCAUGGCCCCUGUGCAGAAAUGGGCCUGACUUUUAUUUAUUUAUUAAGAGUACGGCCACUGAUCUCUAAGGGGAGCAGCCUCCACAUGUCCCCUGGGAAUGGGGCAGGGCGUUGUCAGCUGUGCUGGGUCCCUGAGCCUCAUGUGCUGCCCCCUCAGCUCUUUGACGAUCACUAUGGCUGUUGGGUUUUCUUCUAAUUUCUGAAAAGGUUCUGUUUCCUUGUUUCUUUAGGGGUAGUUUUGAGGUUUGGGGGGAACCAAGAGCUCAGGUUACACAGAAUUGUAAGCCCCAUCUUUGCUUGCCACUUAGCUUGAGACCUUAGGCAAGCAUGUGGCCCUGUGCCGAGCACAUGGGGGUACAGCCAGUACGGGCUGCUUUUGGCACUCCAGGGACUAGUUUUGGCCUCUUCAGGAUAACACCUGAACACUGCCCAAGCCCUCAGGUUGAGCAGCCAUGGCCUUGGCAAAACUGUGCUUGCCUGGUGGUUCAGUAGGUGGGAUGUGGACUGGGGUGAGGACACAGCAGGGAGGUUCAGGGUUAUCCCUGUGUCUUGUCUGUGGCCGCCACCUACAGACUUCUUGUCAGGGUCCUGCACUGUGUUGUAGGCGAUGACAAUAAGUAAAGAGGGAUAAUGAGGACACUGCUGGGAUCACACUGCCCCGCCCUUCAGCCAGGGUUUCUACUCUGCACAGACUGCAGUCCUUGGCUCCCGCCCUGGGGGCACGCUGAGGAGCUGGCUGAGUCAUUCACCACUUCUGGCCUGGCUCCCAGACUUUGUUCUGUGUUCCUUAAAAGUCUGUAGUGAUGCCAAACUCAAAGCUGGGUCAGAGGGUUGAAGGAAGAUGGAGCUGUUCCCUGUGAGGAAAUGUGCUGUUUAAAGUUAGCCUUGUUGUAACACCAUUUGCUCUGGAAUAAAAUUCGAUUAGAAAAGUGAGUGAAGUCCUUUCUGUGAAUUUUCUUUUUUUUCUUGCUUUUUUUUUUUUUGUAGAGACAGAGUCUCACUUUAUGGCCCUCGGUAGAGUGCCAUGGCAUCACACAGCUCACAGCAACCUCCAACUCCUGGGCUUAAGCGAUUCUCUUGCCUCAGCCUCCCAAGUAGCUGGGACUACAG